ACACACGCACACGCACACGCACACGCACAUACACAUACGCGCGCGCACACGGGCACAGGGCGCGCGCGCACGGAGAGAGCGCAGAGUUUCUCCAAACAGAAAGUGAACGGGAGCCACGGCAGAGCUCGGAUUUAUCUCGUCUCGGAGUUGCGAGCGAUGCGCUGGCAGCAUGGCCAGAUGGUUCAAGGAGCACCUGGGUUUCAAAACCACCAAAGCCCCGCCACCGGCGCCUCCGAAACCGGACUACCGACACUUCCACACCGCCGUGUCCAGCCUCCAGACGCCGCCGGGCACCGGGCUUCUGUCCGCGCAGCCAGACAUCCUCACCGCCUACAAACUCCAGAAGGAGCUGGACUUCGAGGAUCCGUACACGCCGGGCGGAACCGUGCCCUUCUCCACCGGACCGAGCUCGGCGGCGGAGGUCAAGUACGUGUCUCCGAAGCACCGGCUGAUCAAGGUGGAGACCGCGGAGCGCAGCGCGGUCAAAGCCCCCUGCUCCCCGCCCGCGGAGCCCGAGAACGGCACGCAGGAGAAGCUCAUCAUCCUAGAGGACUACGCCGACCCCUUUGACGCAGCGGACCAGGCGGGCGGCACUCAGACGGUCACAGAAAAGCCAACGGAGAACGACGGCUACAUGGAGCCCUACGAAGCUCAGAAGAUGAUGGCUGAGAUCCGAGGCGGCCGCGCUCCUAAAGACGGUCCGGUCCGGCAGCUGCCUCUGUAUGACACGCCGUACGAGCCGGAGGAGAACGGAGGAGAUCCGGACGCAGGCGUGUGUUCCCGAGAGAGCCGGCUGCCGCAGGACGACGAGAGGCCGCCGGAGGAGUACGACCAGCCCUGGGAGUGGAAGAAAGACCGCAUCUCCAAAGCCUUCGCAGUAGAGAUUAAAGUGAUAAAGGAUCUGCCGUGGCCUCCUCCGGUCGGGCAGCUGAACUCCAGUCCUCCUCUGAUGGAGGCUCCAUCUUCUCCAGGAGCCUCAGCCUGUGAUCAGCUCCAGCACGUGCAGUUCGACGGCGUGGAGAAGGAGCUGAAGUGCAUUGUCCGCUGCAGAGGCUCC